CACACUGACACCCGCGUCCUGCAUGCCCGCGUCCACGCUUCCGCUUGCGCUUCGACUUGCACCCGUGCUCGUCUCUGCGCUCGUACUCCGUGACGCUGCGUUGCAUGCCUCCUGGACGCUGGACACACCCCCUGUGUGCCCGUGGCUGCAGCUCCGUGCCACGAUGCCCUCGACUUCGGCCCCCGAACUCGCGUGCCGUGACAUGCCGCUCCCUUUUUCUUCUGGCUGCCUUCCACCACUGCUCUUCUAGGUUUGUCUACCUUGGGUAAGAGGCUUUUCCUUUAGCGCAAUUAGAGAAGUACAAUGGUAAAACUCUUUUUAUUGUUAUGUUAAUAUUAAAUCAUUAUAAUAAUA